UUCAAAGUGUUGGAAACUUUGCACAAAACAGACAUAAUAAUAUCAGUAGAAAUGGCGCCGCGUUCUGUUGUCAGGAAAUUUCUCGCACGGCCUCAACAUGAAGGACUUGGUGCUGUUGUUAGAAGAAGCAUUGGGAGGUUUGAGUUGAGGUACUUUGACCCUUUCCUAGUUCUGGAUGAAUUCUCAGUUUCUGCUCCUGCUGGAUUUCCUGAUCAUCCACAUAGAGGCUUUGAAACGGUCACCUACAUGUUGCAGGGAGCUGUGACGCAUGAAGAUUUUGAAGGACAUAAAGGUACCAUUGAAGCUGGUGAUUUACAGUGGAUGACUGCUGGAAGAGGAAUUCUUCAUUCUGAAAUGCCUGCUGCUGAGGGUACUCAAAAGGGUUUACAGUUGUGGAUUAAUCUCUCCUCCAAAAAUAAAAUGAUACAGCCAAGGUAUCAAGAGAUAUCAAGCGAGAACAUAGCAGAAGCAACAAAAGAUGGGAUAAAGGUGAGAAUUAUAGCAGGGGAGGCACUAGGAAAAAUAUCACCCAUAUACACAAGGACUCCAACAAUGUAUUUGGAUUUCACUCUAAAGCCAGGAGCGCAUUUGCAGCAACCAAUUCCUAAAUCAUACAAUUCAUUUGUGUAUGUAUUAGAAGGAGAGGGCAUUUUUGACUCAAGAACAUCACCCACAUCAGCACAUCAUUUACUUCUUCUAAGUGCCUCUGGUGAUGGACUUGAGGCAUGCAACAAGUCCACAAAGCCACUAAGGUUUAUAUUAGUGGGUGGUGAACCAUUAGGUGAACCAGUAGCACAAUUGGGGCCUUUUGUCAUGAAUACUCAACAAGAAAUUGACCAAACUGUUGAAGAUUUUGAGAAUUAUGCCAAUGGUUUUGAAAAAGCCAAGCAUUGGAGAUCUGAAGCCAGAAUUGGGCUUGACUAUUAGUGCUGCAAGUAGUUAUAUGUAGCGGCGGAGUCAGGAUUUUCACCAAAGGGGUUCGACAUUUAUUAUAUAAACAUAAACAAAUUUAAUCUUGUAUAUAGCGAAGGAGGUUUAAAUGAAUCCCUUCCGCUCCUCUAGCUCCGCCCUGCUGACAUCAAUCGUUAUUGAUUCUUUUGUUAUUCUUCCUAUUUUGUUGUGUAGCUUUCGUAGUCCAUUUGUUUUGACAUAAGAGGGAACAUCUGUUCUCCAUAUCACCAAAGCACCCCAUUUUCAUAGGAAAUGAUAAGGGCUCAUUUUGGCA